UGUUCGUUAUUCCAAAUCUCGGAUGUCAGGAUGCUGACUGGACUAGUGUAUCAACAAAUGAUUCAGUAGCUCUAGUAGGACGUGGAAAUUGUACCUAUACAGAGAAAGCUGCAUUCGCAGAAAAGUAUCGAGUGAAAGGUUUAUUAAUACACAACAGUGAAAUAGCAGCAGACAAUGCCCGACCAAUUCAAGGUUUGACAACAAUAAUCAAUAGCACUAUUCCAACGUUUUUUCUCUCGUAUAAUCUGGGAAAACACCUUGCUAAUGCAACAGCGAAUGUGGCAGAUGUUGGUAUGAAAAUGAGUAUUGACGUAGCUGAUGCAGAAGGUGUCAGGAAUAUUUGUGCGGAUACACCAUCAGGUGAUAAAACAAAAACUAUUUUGAUUGGUGCACAUAGUGAUAGUGUAAUGGCAGGCAGUGGAAUCGACGAUAAUGGUAGUGGCACAGUGGGAAUCUUGGUAUUAGCUCUGAGUUUGGCUCGCUUGUUUCAGAAAUCACCUGAUACUUAUCCUAAGUAUCUACAUCGUAUCCGAUUUUGCUGGUGGGGCGCCGAAGAAGUUGGUCUUCUUGGUUCCAAAUAUCAUGUAGAGCAACUUCUUUCCAGUGACAAUAAUAAAGAAGGCGAACGUUUCCAAGAUUAUUUAUUAAAUUUGAAUUAUGAUAUGAUAGCUGGUCCAAAUUACCUUUUUGGUAUCUAUGACGGCGAAACUGUACCGACAAAUACGCCUCCAUCAGCUCGGCGUGGUACUAAUAGAAUAUCCAAUCUCUUUCAACAAUGGUUUAUUCAACGGAAGUUGCCAUGGACCAGAAUAGAAUUUGGAGGCGGAAGUGAUUAUGCACCGUUUUUGGCUAAAGGUUUACCAGUAGGCGGAAUCCAUACAGGAACUAGCGAAAUAAAAACGCCUUCUGAACGAGAUGAAUAUGCUGCCAUGUUAGGUACAGGAAAUGGCGGUAUCGCAAAUGCUGCUUUAGAUCCGUGUUAUCAUCUACAAUGUGAUAGAAUCAGUAAUAUUGACACGUUUGCCUAUGAGACUGUAGUAAAAGCAGCUGCUUAUGCUAUCGAGUAUCUUGGUCGAAUGAAUAAUCUAGAAAAAUGGCUCUAUCCAGACGGACGAGUCUGA